AUGAGGAAUCCCACCUGUCCCCAAGAUAUCAAGCCCACCCGCACCGCCGACUUCCAUGAGAUUUUGGCCGUGGCAAAGCUGUACACCGACGCAGUCCGGACCAGCAACCCUGAAUGCAUUCACAAAUCCUUCCAUAAGGAUGCCACUAUGUGCGGGCACAUAGGUCCUGACUUUGCCAAUGGACCAGUCACAGACCUUUUGGAAAUAAUGAAGGAGAAGGGUCCAGAACCUAGUUUGAUCUCCCACCUGCAUAUCCUGUCGACAACCCCUACCACCGCCAUUGUUGAAGUAGAUGCAGAGGUGGAUACAGUUGGGUUCAGAGAUCAUUUAUGCAUGGCCAAGGUGGACGGACGCUGGCAAGUCAUGACCAAGCUUUACCACUUAUAUGAGAAGAAGCGUGCUUGA